UUUCCAUCCUACAGAUUCUUGGUGCUGAACCUGUGGGACCAGCCCAGUCCUCCCUCAGCCUCCUACAAGAACACUGCUGAGCACUGCUCCAUCAUAAGUACCUGAGCAGGACACAGAAAAAAAGGACCUCAGAAGUCUUCUAAGGAAAGUCAUGGCACAUUACUCAGAUCCUCUAGCAGAGACCUCCAUUACCAAGUUCAAGGAUCAGGACUUUAACUCUUUGCGGGACCAUUGCCUAAGCAGGGGAAAGUGGUUUAUGGAUGAGACCUUCCCUGCUGAAGCUUCUUCCAUAGGCCAGAAACUACUCCAAGGAAAAAACCUUUCUACCCUGAAGUGGAUGCGGCCAAAGGAUUUAUCAAGGGGUCCACCUCACUUUAUCCUGCAAGGUGCAAGUAGAUUUGACAUCCAACAAGGAAGAGCAGGGAACUGCUGGUUCCUCGCAGCACUGGGCUCCUUGACCCAGAACCCUCGGUGUCUGCAGAAGAUCCUGAUGGACCAGAGUUUUUCACACCAGUAUGCAGGGAUUUUCCACUUUCGGUUCUGGCAGUGUGGCCACUGGGUAGAAGUGGUGGUUGAUGACCGUCUGCCUGUCAUGGGCAAGGAAUGCCUCUUUGUGCACCCUCGCAAAGGCAACCAGGAGUUCUGGCCCUGCCUGCUGGAGAAAGCCUAUGCCAAGCUGCAGGGAUCCUAUUCUCACCUGCACUAUGGCUACCUCCCUGAUGCCCUGGUGGAUCUCACAGGAGGGGUGGUUACCACUGCCAACCUGUAUGCGUCUCCUUCUAACCUGCUGAUGAUGGUGAAGAUGGCAGCCAAGGCCGGCUCCCUGAUGACCUGUGCCACCCCAAAGGGGCCAACAGACGGGUCGGAAGUGAUGGAGAACGGGCUGGUGAGUCAGCACGCCUAUACUGUGACUGCAGCCGAGCAGAUUCAAUACAGGACAGGCUGGGAAGAGAUCAUCCGGCUGUGGAAUCCCUGGGGCAACACGGAGUGGAGAGGGCGCUGGAGAGAUGGGUCCCGGGAAUGGCAAGAAACCCAAGACCCACGGAAAAAGCUGUUGUACCACAACAAGGAAGAUGGCGAAUUUUGGAUGUCAUGUCAAGAUUUCCAAGAGAACUUCUUCUCCCUGUUCAUAUGUAACCAAAUCCCCAUCACCUUGGACCACGGACUCAGGCCCCAUGAAAGAUGGUGCCCAAUGAUAUUUAAGAACCAAGUGAUUCUAGGAAACAGUGCGGGAGAACCCGGGAGGAAUGCUCGGUACCUCUUCAGUGUACGAGAGUCCCAGGGAGGCGACAAUGUUGUUGUGUCCUUCACUGUCACGCCACAGGGCUUGAAGGCAGAAGAGGAAGCAUUUCCCUUGAGCUUCCAGGUUAUUAAGGUUGACGCUCAGGUAUGGCUCACCACCUUUUCCUGCCUCUGCUGCUGCCUCUUGGUACAAUGUCAAGACUCUUCCAGCACCGGGAACUCCACACACUCCAGGCUGCAAACUCAGUCCUGCGAAAUGGUCGGAAAUCAGAGCUAUUCUGGAGUUGGGCAGAUGUACCUCUCCAGGCUUGGCCCAUCUGAUGCCCAUAUUCUCCCUUGUUUGGAUCAGGGACUGGACAUUGAUGCCACCCAACUCCAGAGCCUUCUCAACCAGGAGUUCCUGACAGGACCUCCAGGGGACACUUUCUCUUUUGACGAGUGCCGCAGUAUUGUGGCCCUGAUGGAUCUGAAGGUGAAUGGGCGGCUUGACCGUGAGGAGUUUGCGAGACUGUGGAGGCGUCUUGUCCACUGCCAGCAUGUUUUCCAGAACAUCCAGAAAAGCUCUGGAGUUUUCCUGAGCUCAGACUUGGGCAAGGCCGUAGAGAAUACAGACUUCCUUAUAGGCAUCUCCAUCAGCAGUGAGCUGCUGGAUCUCAUGACCCUUCGGUACAGUGACAGCACCGGUCGGGUCAGCUUCCCCAGCCUGGUCUGCUUCCUGAUGCGGCUGGAAGCCAUGGCAAAGACAUUCCAUAAUCUCUCCAAGGACGGGAAAGGACUCUACCUGACAGAAAUGGAGUGGAUGAAUCUGGUCAUGUACAACUGAGGCAAGGAGCAGAGCAGACCCCAUGCACAAGG